AGUAAUAGUCGAACCGAAAACGAAAACUCGUAGUAAACAAGAAACGAAUCGGCGCCAGCACGAGCAGUGAGCACAGGCAGCGGUACACCACGCCAACCUCGCCUUGUGGUGACGCGCCGCCAUUUGAGAAUAAGGACAGGACUGACCACCCUGUACCAUGAAGGUUUCGGAGGAGGAGCAGUGGAAGCUGGUGGCCGCACUAUUCAAGCAUGGGGUGAACAUCGAUGCACUGGUCUCAGAACUACCCAACUGGGGACCGGAAAAAGUGAAAUAUUUUGUCAAGUGCCACAGGAGGGCUGCCAAGAGGAAAGAGAGUGAGCAGGAGAGGCUGGGUGAUGUGGCAUGCAUGACGAACUGGCUGGCUCACACAAGGAAUAUGCAAAUUCUCCAAGGAACGUUUGAUGGGAUGAGCUCAGGACGCAUUUCAGUUUUUCACCCUAAGGACCACGGACGUCUGCUGAGCAAGGUAAUGCUUUACUUGUCUGAGGAAGAAGAGCACCCUCCCCCUUCCUCCUCCACAGACCCAGACUACAAAGAGAUAUACAGAUACUUGGGGCAGGUGUUAGCAGGGGAGGAGCCGAGCCAGCUGAGCCAGGGGAGUGCUGCCCAGGUGUUCAAGAUGCUUGCCAAAGUGGAGAAGGUGGCAAGCAAAAGCAGGUACAGGGGAAAACUGAACCACCACCUCCACAUGUACUCACCCCCCCACAUUGCUUCCCGGAAAAGAUCUGCUGAGGGCAGACAAGAGUUGGAGGAGGAGGAAGAUAAAAGCCAGGAGUGUCCCCUCUUCUCUAGUGGUGCUGAGGGAGUACUGACUGAGGAGGAAGAGAUCACAAAAUUGCAGAAAGAUGAUGUGCAUUAUGAACUGAAGAAGCAGAAAGCUCUAAAGAAGAGCGAGGAGGUGCAGGCAGCCAUGGCCGCUUCCCUCACUGACAUCCCAGGCCUCAACCCAUUUGGCUUUUCACAUGAUCUUCUUGUCAAACCUCAACAUAUAAAUGAAGAAGCCCUUGAGAAUUCUUAGUGCUGCUGUAACCACCAUAAUUAACUACACCUGUUUGUGCUUUCACUUCCACCAGUAUUUAUCAGUUACUGUUUUAACUACCACCAUUUGCUAACUGGUGUCUGGUGAAAAAAACUACCACCUUGAUUAAUUACUACCACUGCAACCACCAGUACUUGAGCAAUUACUGUUGUCACCAUCACCACUACUACUUAGUGUACUCGUAUGAUAGUUACUCUUACUACCAUACACACACUACCAGCACUACUUGUAUUACUGGCACCAACACAACCAACCACCACCACCACCAUUCAGAGAUUUUCAGGUGGCUGUAUCAGAAGCUGUGAGAGAAUCCAAACCCCCCAAAAGAUUAAGAAAACCAGGAUUGUGCAAAUGAUAAACUUUGUUCUCCAUAACUACAAACACUUAAAAUGGUUCAGGAAAUAAAGCAACUUUUUAACUACAUGACAUUGGUGUUUGAUGUUUCAAGUGCACUUCCUAAAUGCUAUACAAAAGUUUGAAUGGUGUGUAUUGAUAGUCACAUCCUAGUUCUUGUUUGGUCUUCAGCUAUGCUCUUGCUUCUUCUGCCACCACCAACUGCUUCUUGUCUUGUGAUGAUGGAGCCCAACUAGUGUCUGUCAAGUUUAAGUUUUAUCUAAAUUGAGAACAAGUGAAAAACGUUUGAGUAAACAUCUUUUGAAAUUUGUGCAUACAGAAGCAUAAAGUGAAAGUUGUAAAGCCAUUUUCUUUGAUUUUAUUUGCUAAUCUAGAUGCAUUUUAAUUUAUAAAUAGGUACAAAUACCAACAAACAGUUCCUGUACAACCACAAGACAGAAUAUGGACUGAGAAAUAAAACUUUCCUACCAA